ACACUCAGGGAGCGCAGAAAGUGGAGGGUUUGCGGGAAGAAUGAUGAAUGUAAAUAGAUUUGUUGUCUUGUCUAAAGCUUUUGGCGUCGGAAACCGGCUGCUGGCAGGUCGUGCGAGGCAUGUCGGGAGAGAAGCGACCCUUCUUCAGCUGCGGAGGUCUUUUAAAACUCACUCCAGAAACCUCGCGUAUGCGAAGGAUUUGUUCCUCGGUCAGCUGAACAAGGCUGAGGUCUUCCCUUAUCCAGAAAUCAGCAAUGAAGAGUUGGAGGAGCUCAAGCAGUUUGUUGCCCCAGUGGAUAAAUUCUUCAGUGAGGAAGUUGAUUCAGCAAAGAUUGACAGAGAAGCCAGAAUCCCUCCAGAGACUCUCAAUGGACUGAAGGAGCUCGGCCUGUUUGGAAUCAUGGUUCCUGAGGAGUACGGGGGUCUCGGCUUGUCCAACACUAUGUAUGCACGACUGGCUGAGAUCACCUCAUUAGACGGCUCUAUUGCUGUGACGCUGGCUGCACAUCAAGCCAUCGGACUGAAGGGGAUUCUGAUUGCAGGGAAUGAAGCCCAGAAGCAGAAGUAUCUGCCAAAGCUGGCCUCGGGAGAACACAUCGCAGCUUUCUGUCUGACAGAGCCUGGAAGUGGAAGCGAUGCAGCCUCCAUUCAGACCCGUGCGACCCUGUCAGAAGAUGGAAAACAUUACCUGCUCAACGGCUCCAAGAUUUGGAUUUCAAACGGGGGGAUGGCAGAUAUCAUGACAGUGUUUGCAAGGACUCACGUGGACGUAGAUGGCGAGAAGAAAGACAAGAUUUCUGCUUUUAUUGUGGAGAGGGCUUUCGGGGGCAUCACCAGCGGCAAGCCUGAGGAUAAAUUGGGCAUCAGGGGUUCCAAUACUUGUGAGGUGUCGUUUGACAACGUCCCAGUGCCGCUGGAGAAUGUAAUAGGAGAAGUAGGAGGUGGAUUUAAGAUUGCCAUGAACAUCCUGAACUCGGGGAGGUUCAGUAUGGGCAGUUCCUCUGCUGGGAUGAUCAAAAAGCUGAUAGAACUGACCUCUGAGUACGCUGCAACCAGGAAGCAGUUUGACAAAAGCCUAAGUGAAUUUGGGAUGAUUCAGGAGAAGUUUGCAAUAAUGGCCAUUAAUGCCUUUGUGAUGGAGAGCAUGGCGUACCUGACAGCAGGCAUGAUGGACCGACCGGGGCUUCCAGAUUGUUCUCUAGAGGCCGCCAUGGUCAAGGUGUUCAGCUCAGAAGGAGGCUGGAUCUGUUGCAGCGAGGCUCUUCAGGUCCUCGGAGGUCUGGGUUAUACGAAGAACUAUCCCUUCGAGCGCUACGUCAGGGACUGUCGCAUUCUGCCCAUCUUUGAGGGGACCAAUGAAAUCCUGAGGAUGUACAUCGCUCUCACUGGGAUGCAGUACGCUGGCAAAGUCAUCACAGGAAAGAUAAAGGAGAUGAAGAAAGGGAAUGUCAGCACCAUUAUGGGCGCAAUCGGCCAGAGACUGAGGACCUCAAUUGCAGGUCCAGCGGACCUCGGCCUGACCGGGAAAGAUGGAGUGGUGCAUCAAAGCUUGACAGAGAGCGCAAAGAAGCUGGAGCAGAACGUCCACCUCUUUGGGUCGACUGUGGAGAACCUGCUGUACAGAUACGGAAAGACCAUAGUGGACGAGCAGCUCAUCCUGAAGAAAGUAGCAGACGUGCUGAUCAACCUCUACGCCAUGACGGCUGUCCUCUCCAGAGCCAGCCGCUCCAUCAGCAUCGGCCUCAGGAAUCACGACCACGAGGUGCUGCUUGCAAACACAUUCUGCACCGACGCUUUCUUCAAGAACAGUUACGCGAUGGUUCAGUUGCAAAAACACUCUCCGGAGAACAACGAUGCCAGCAUCAAGAAGAUCGCCAAGGAGGUCUUGGACAGCAGACACUACAUCUGCUCUCACCCUCUCGAAAGAACAUACUGAGCUCUCCCCCCCACCCUAGUGAUCGUAAUACUGCUUCUACCGUAUUCGGAUUGGACAAUGCGUUGCCUCACAGUCCCAGUGCUUACUUUGUUUGGCAUCGAUUCUACAUUAAAUUAAUACAUUCAGAGAUUUACGGUGAUAGCUGUGUUCUAUUAACCUUCAAGAGAAAACACCUGCAGGCCUCUCCUCUGAAGUGCUCCAUUAACAGGUAUAAUGAGCCAUUGCACAAGAUACUCGUUUUAAUGAGCUCGUUUGAUAUAGAAGGUACAGUUUUUGCCGGUUGUAGCUUCUGCAGUAUUCCUAGAAAGCCGCACACAGCUGAUGGAUGUGUCUUCAUGUUAGCUGCACAUCUUUGUAAAGCAAACAAGCUCAUCUCCUCGGUCGGCUUGCACAGGAAAGAAUGCUGCUUGCUGAAAGCAACAGAAAGGCAAAUGACCACAGAAAGCUUUUUAGUGUUUUCUCUAUUAUCUGUUGAUAUUUUCAAAAUAAAAGCUGUGACUUGAACUCACAA